CGCAAGCCUAAAUACUAUACGCAAAGUAACGCGUGAACUAGCUGUCCACACGAAAUUUGCGUUUGAUACGAUAAUAAUCAAACUUCCACCAUUCAGUAAUCGACAUGUUCUCUUUAAGGAUAGUCCUGUUUAGCUUGCUGGUAGCAGCAGUGACAUGCGAGGAUCUGGACUUCCCCCCAGGGUUCCAGUUCGGAGCCGCGUCAGCAGCGUACCAAGUGGAAGGCGGCUGGAAUGCCAGUGACAAAGGCGAAAACAUUUGGGAUAGGUUUGUCCACGAGAAGCCUCACAUCAUAGCUGACCACUCCACCGGAGACGUGGCCUGCGACUCCUACCGCCUCUGGAGACGUGACAUCGAAAUGGCCUCCGAUCUUGGCCUGCACUUCUACCGAAUGUCCAUAGCCUGGUCUCGGCUGCUGCCGAAUGGAUUCGCCAACAAGAUCAGCGAGGAUGGACUCAACUAUUACAAUAACCUGAUCGACGGACUCCUUGAGAAGGGUAUUCAGCCGAUGGUGACGCUGUAUCAUUGGGAUCUGCCGCAGAGACUUCAGGAUUUGGGCGGCUGGACCAACCCCCUCAUCGUGGACUGGUUUGGAGACUACGCGCGCGUGGUCUUCAGCCACUUCGGAGACAGGGUCAAGUCCUGGAUCACUAUCAACGAGCCAUCAUCGAUCUGCGACAUUGGUCACGGGUCAGAGAUCAUGGCACCAGGCUGGCAAGAUCCUGACAAUGCAGUCUAUCUGUGUAAUAAGUAUGUUCUGUUGUCCCAUGCGAAGGCUUACAGGAUUUAUGAGGCGGAGUUCAAGGCGAAGUAUCAAGGUGAACUAUCCCUGGCCAACCAUUUGAUGUGGUAUGAGCCAUUCUCCCCUGAAGAUGAAGAGUUGGCUGAAACUGCUAGAGAAUACAUAGUAAGUUAAUGGGGCGUUUAAAUC